CUACUCGGCAAGAGAUCACCGAAGGCAGUUCGUAUUGCCUUGGACAAGCUUCCGACUGGUACUGAUGCUUAUGACUCUGCGUAUGAUUCUGCAAUCGAAAGGAUUGAAGGUCAAAUGGGCGAACAGACGGAGCUAGCAAAGCAAGCUCUCGCUUUCCUCACUUGCUCCCAAAGGACAUUCUCAACCCUGGAGCUUCAAGAGGCGAUGGGCGUUGAGGUUGGUGAGCUUGAACUGGACCCUGAUAAUUACCCGGAUAUCGAAGAUAUUCUAGCCUCAUGCCUAGGCCUAGUUACGAUUGAUGAUGAUGGCGACAUCAUUCGACUUGUUCACUACACGACGCAAGAGUACCUCGAGCGUACACUAGACCGGUGGUUUCCGGGCGCAGAAGCCAUGAUAGCAGACGUUUGCAUAACAUACCUG